UGCCGACUGCCGCCCAAUGUUUUGAGGGGCCCGAUGCCAAACACGCUGACAGCUGCCCCGCCUCUACUGCAAACACGCUGCAAACACGCCUAACCCCGACCGCACACCAUGUCCAGCGACCCGUCACCCGAGGAGCAGAAGAAGCUCGACGCCGAGGCCAAGGCCCGCGAGCAGGCCGAGCAGGCCGCGCUGCCCUACAAGUGGGACCAGACGAUCAAGGACCUCGACAUUACCGUUUCGGUCGAGGCAAAGUACAAGGGCAAGGACCUGGACGUCAAGAUCGCCCGCAGCACCCUCAAGGUGGGCAUCAAGGGUCAGCCGCCCAUCAUCGACGGCGAGCUCCCCCACCCCGUGCGCGUCGACGACUCGACCUGGACCCUGAGCACCACUGCCGCCGGCAAGGACAUUGAGAUCCACCUCGACAAGGUCAAUCAGAUGGAGUGGUGGCCGCACGUCAUCACCUCGGCCCCCAAGAUCGACACCAGCAAGAUCCAGCCCGAGAACAGCCAGCUGGGCGACCUGGACGGCGAGACCCGCGGCAUGGUCGAGAAGAUGAUGUUUGACCAGCGCCAGAAGGAGCAGGGCAAGCCCACCAGCGACGAGCAGAAGAAGCUGGACAUCCUCGCGCAGUUCAAGUCGCAGCACCCUGAAAUGGAUUUUUCGAACGUCAAGAUGGGGUGAGCGCUGGAUGAAGAGCAGAAGAACGCGCUAUGAGACACGAUAUCCGAUGUCGAUAUGGGAAUAGUGCCAGGUCCUGCAAUGCAGCGAGGGUGGUCUGGCAGGCCGAUCAAGGUCUUGUAAGAGUAGAAAACACAGGAGACUACACGGAAAAGGGUUGCAGCAACGCGCCCAGCGGUACGGAAUCAUAUUGUGCAGCAGCUACCUGUACAUAAACAGACAUCAGGUGGCCACUGGCUGACCGCAGGAAUGAGUCGGACGAAGCUAUUUGCUGUUCCUAGUGACGUCCACACAGAAGCAAAACAUUCCCGUAUCACCAUUUCAAGGAGUGAAAACAG